AUGUCCCUGAAGGCACCAGCGGACCACCAGCUGGAGAGGGAAGAAACGUUUAUGGUCCUGGCUGAAGAUUCCACCAUGUCUCGUACCGACGAGGUUCACCGCAUGACGGAAAAUGUCUAUAAGACUUCAUCCCAGGAGGUGUCGUUUCCUGUGUUCUGUGAGAUGCAGGUUUUAAACACACCCUUGCAGACCAUCAUGGAGCAGUUCAACCCUUGCUUGCGGAACUUUGUUGCAAUGGGGAAGAACUACGAAAAGGCCCUGGCCAGGGAUGUGCUGUUCCAGAUGGCUGAGGUUCACAGACAGAUCCAAGUACAGCUAGAGGAGAUGUUGAAAUCAUUCCACAAUGAGCUUCUUUCUGAGCUUGAGAAGAAGGUGGAGCUGGAUGCUCGAUAUUUGACCGCUGCCUUGAAGAAAUACCAGGUGGAACACAAGAGCAAAGGCGAGAGUCUGGAGAAAUGCCAGGGUGAAUUAAAGAAGCUGCGGAGGAAGAGCCAGGGCAGCAAGAACCCCUCCAAAUAUGGAGAAAAGGAGAUGCAGUUUGUGGAGACCAUCAGCAGCAAGCAGACUGAGCUGGACACCUUCAUCGCCGAGGGAUACAAGACAGCCUUGUCAGAGGAACGUCGUAGGUACUGCUUCCUAGUGGAUCGACAGUGUGCUGUGGCUAAGAACAGCAGUGCGUACCAUGGCAAGGGGAAAGACCUCUUGACUCAGAAAAUUCCAGUGUGGCAACAGGCCUGCUCAGACCCUAACAGGCUGCCAGAAAGGGCCAUGCUCCUGGCCCAGCAGAUGGGCUCUGCUGCGCUUGGAGGCACAAGUCCCCUUCACACCUCCAAAUCCAACCUGGUCAUCUCAGACCCCAUCCCUGGAGCACAGCCUCUUCCUGUUCCCCCAGAGCUGGCCGUUUUCAUGGGUAGUGGUCUUGGACACCCAGCGAGGCUGAUGGGCCCUGAUGGUAUGUCCAUGGUCAAUGGGACAACAGGGGUCCAUGGAGAAGAAUACUGGACAGAUGGGGGAACAAUGCCUGUGUCCCAAGUCAGGCCUUCAUCCCCCCAGACCCAGGCGCAGGGCCAGUCUCAGGCCCAGCCUCAGAGACAGGUCAGCGACGUCUACUCCAACACUCUCCCAGUCCGUAGGCCUGCCCCUGCCAAAAAUAAAAAUCCAGUCGGAGAGACACGGACCCUGCCAAGGUCCAGUUCCAUGGCAGCAGGACUUGAAAAGAACGGGCGCUCUCGUGUCCAGGCCAUCUUUUCCCAUGCUGCAGGUGACAACAGCACCCUGCUCAGCUUCGCAGAGGGAGACGUCAUCACCCUGCUAGUGCCUGAAGCCCGCGAUGGCUGGCACUAUGGAGAGAAUGAGAAAAACAAGAUGCGUGGCUGGUUCCCAUUCUCCUACACGCGCGUUCUACCUGAAAGUGACAGCGAUAAACUCAAAGUGAACCUCCAUCAUGGGAAAAGCAGCAGCACAGGGAACCUGCUGGAGAGCGAUGCGUCUCUGCCCACACCCGACUAUGGCCUCACUGCCCGGCUGCUGGCCCAGAGCUUAGCACAGACCCGCCCACGCCCAUACAGCAUGGCAGGCUUUGGCCCACAGGUGUAUUUGGAGUUUGCAGCCUCCCUCCUGUCCGCUUAUCUCCACCUCUCCUCCUUCUGCCUCCACACACACCCCUUCUCCCCGAAUGGAAGAGGCCAGUUUCAUCCCUCCUUUCUGUCCUCUCUUCCUCCCCGGGUCCCUCCUUUCCUCCUUCUGUCCGUCCUGGGUACUGCUGCUGGUGGCGUCGGUGUGGACAGUAGCGGUUGGUGGGUGGAGGAUUGCGUUGAGCGAGAGGGCCAGAGCGGGGCCUACCUGCUCGGCAUGCAGCGAUAUGGACUCUGA